GUCCAGAAAGGACCGGUCGGUCUGACAGAAGAAGGGCAUUUACCCCCGGCAGGAGACUUCGAAUCUUUGGAUGCGGCAGCGAACUAGGAGGAAGUAAGAGGGAAGUGACAUCAAGUAGCAGAAGCUCGACAAAGAAAUAUCGAAAUGGCAUUCAGUCGAGUAAAUUUGGUUUGGAUCGAUAAAAUCCACGAUGCUGCCAACUUACCUCAAAGGAUUUAUUCCCUGGAAUUCAGUCCAAAUGGCGAGCAGUUGUUGGUUACUGCAGGCAAUGUUAUACUCAUUUACGAUACUGUUGGUGGGACAAUGGUUGAUAUGCUCAAAGGUCAUAAAGAUACUGUUUGCUGUUUAUCCUACUCAACUGACGGUAAAAGAUUUGCUUCAGGUGGUGCAGAUAAAAGUGUCAUCAUAUGGACAAAUAAACUAGAAGGAAUACUGAAAUAUACGCACAAUGACUCUAUACAGUGCCUGGCUUACAAUCCUGUCACUCAGGCUUUGGCAAGUUGUACAAACAGUGAUUUCGGUUUGUGGUCACCUGAGCAGAAAUCAGUUGCCAAACACAAGGUGCCUUCAAAGAUAACUUGCUGCAGUUGGACAAAUGAUGGGCAAUAUAUUGCUCUAGGAAUGUUCAAUGGCACAGUCAGCAUUAGGAAUAAGCUUGGUGAAGAUAAAAUUAAAAUCGAUAGACCAGGUUCCUCUCCUGUUUGGACUAUUUCAUGGACUCCACUGAAAGAUGGAAGUGCCGACAUUUUGGCUGUUGGCGACUGGAACAGAAAACUUUCUUUCUACCAGCUCAGUGGCAAACAGAUAGGUAAGGAGAAGUCACUCAAUUUCGAUCCUUGCUGCCUAAGCUACUUUAGCAAAGGAGAAUACCUAAUCGUUGGUGGCUCAGAUAAGCAGUGCUCACUUUUUACAAAAGAUGGCGUUCGGCUUACUACUAUUGGUGAACAGAAAAGCUGGGUGUGGUGCUGUAAAGCACGCCCAGACUCAAAUUAUUUGGCUGUUGGAUGCGAGGAUGGAACAAUUGCAUAUUAUCAACUGAUUUUCAGCACAGUUCAUGGACUUUAUAAAGACAGAUAUGCAUACCGUGACAACAUGACUGAUGUUAUAAUACAACACUUGCUAACUGAACAGAAAGUUCGCAUCAAAUGCAAAGAUUUGGUGAGGAAAAUUGCCAUUUACAGAAACAAAUUAGCAGUUCAAUUGCCGGACAGAAUCAACGUUUAUGAGUUAUAUUCAGAAGACACCUCCGAUAUGCACUAUCGCUUAAAGGAAAAAAUAAACAAGAAAGUCGAAUGCAACUUGCUGGUUGUAUGUGGAAAUAACGUCAUAUUGUGCCAAGAAAAACGACUGCAAUGUUUCUCAUUCGACGGUAUAAAGGAAAGGGAAUGGAACAUGGAGUCACUGAUAAGGUACAUCAAGGUGAUCGGAGGUCCUGUUGGGAGAGAAGGACUGCUUGUUGGACUCAAGAAUGGCUUAAUUUUGAAGAUAUUCGUGGACAACCCGUUUCCUGUGUCUCUUUUGAAACAGCAAACCAGUGUCCGAUGCCUCGACCUCAGUUGCAAUCGGACGAAACUGGCCGUUGUUGAUGAAAACAGUACGUGUCUCGUCUAUGAUUUGAAGACCAAAGAACUGCUCUUCCAGGAGCCAAAUGCAAACAGUGUGUCUUGGAACACGCAAAAUGAUGACAUGUUGUGUUUUUCUGGCGGAGGGACGCUCAACAUCAAAGCUAGCAGUUUUCCAGUUCAUCAACAGAAAGUGCCGGGCUUUGUUGUUGGCUUUUGUGGAUCCAAAAUAUUCUGUUUGCAUGUAUACUCAAUGACAUCGGUAGAGGUACCUCAGUCGACGCCGAUGUAUCAGUACCUGGAGAAGAAGCUAUACUCGGAUGCUUACAGAGUCGCUUGCCUUGGGGUAACAGAUGGCGACUGGAGGGCUCUCGCAAUGGCUGCACUUGAGGGUCUUGAAUUUCAAAUUUCAAAAAUGGCCUUCAUUAGGGUCCGAGAUCUCAAGUAUUUGCAGUUGAUAAACUCCAUUGAGGAGCGAAAGAAAAGGGGUGAUAGUGACAAUCAAGCAUUUUUGGCCGACAUAUUUGCCUAUCAGGGCAAGUUUCAAGAGGCGGCAAAGUUAUAUAAGAAGACUGGAAACGAUGAAAAGGCAUUGGAAAUGUUUUCUGAUCUGCGACAAUUUGAUUUUGCAAAAGAAUUUAUUGGAAGUGGUGACCAACGUAAUGUCAAGCAACUGAUCCGCAAGCAGGCCGAGUGGUGUAAAAGCACGAAUGACCCGCGGGCUGCUGCUGAUAUGUUUAUAGCAGCAGGUGAAUUUCUUAAAGCUGCCGAAAUCCUUGGCGAGAAUGGAUGGACCGACAAAUUGGUUGAACUUGGUCGCAAUUUGAACAAGGCUGAUAUCGAGCCAUUAAAAAUCUGUGCAUUUUACCUGAAGGAGCAACAACAGUAUUCCUACGCAGCGGAAAUGUACUUGAAAAUGGGGGACCAGAAAUCCCUAGUGCAAUUGUAUGUGGAGGCGCAUCAAUGGGAAGAGGCCUUCAAUCUGGCAGAAAAACAUAAGGAAUUCAAGGAUGAUGUGUAUGUUCCUUAUGCAAACUGGCUUGCAGAGAAUGACAGAUUCGACGAGGCCCAGGCAGCAUUUCAUAAGGCUGGCAAAAGGCAAGAAGCAAUCAAGGUUCUUCAGCAGCUUACAUUAAAUGCAGUCGUCGAAAACAGAUUUAACGAUGCGGGUUAUUAUUUUUGGCAACUUUCCAUGCAAUGUUUGGAUAUCGCAGGCAAGAAAGUCAAAGGUGACAUUGAGGUGGAAGACAAUAUUCUUGACAAAUUCUUUGAAUUUCAAGUGAAGAGUGAAAUUUAUUACGUGUACCAUUCAAUUCAGAGGUACAUGGACGAGCCAUUCACAUCCCAGUUGCCCGAGGCCCUUUUCAACAUGUCACGGUUUCUGCUGCAUAUGCUGAUUAAAGAUACCCCGCAUGGCAUUUCGAAAGUAAAUGCUCUUUACGCUCUGGCUAAACAAAGCAAGAACCUAAGAGCAUUCAAACUCGCGCGUUAUGCUUUUGACAAAUUGCAGGCAUUGAAGCUUCCUUCAAGACUCCAGGAAGCCAUAGACCUCGGCAGUAUUACUAUCCGAUCGAAACCUUUUCACGAUAAUGAGGAUUUAUUGCCAAUCUGUUACCGAUGCUCAACAACCAACCCACUGCUAAAUAACAAAGGAAACCAGUGCAUAAACUGCGCGCAGCCAUUCGUACACUCGUACAUUGGUUUUGAAAUCCUGCCACUGGUCGAGUUUAUGCUUGAAGAUGACAUAGAAGAUGAAGAAGCAAUCAAAUUGAUUGAAACAGAGGCUCUACAAACGAAUAAAAAGGACAAGCACAAAUUCCAGCAAUCAGAAAAUAUGCAAAGUCUUCGAUUUGAUGAGUUUGAAGAUGCUGUCGGUGAAGACGAAGACCCUUUCUCGACCAAAGUGAUGACAUUUGAGCAAGGUGGAGGUGAAUUCACACCAGUUCUCAUUGGCAGAAAAGCGCUAAAGAACUUAAACAGGAAUGAAGUUUUUAUUAAAAGAUGGCCUGAACCCCUUCGCUAUCAAUACUACAAGAAUAUAAUUCCAGAUGUAUCCAUCAAAAUGUGCCAAUCAUGCUUCAGGAUGUUCCACACUGAAGAUUUUGAGCUGGCCUUACUACAGCAUGGUCACUGUCCGUUUUGUCGAUUCAAAUUUGACUGAAGAUUCCUUUCUAUCAAGCUUCUUGUUUGAAAUUUAACUCUUUAAAGUUGUAUAUUUGUAAAUGUUUGUAAAGAGCGAAAAGGAAAUUUUGAAAAGUGGACAACUUAUUUAAGAGGAAACGUGUCUAAAUAUCAUUCCAUCUGUAGUAUAUCCAAGUUUGAUUACUUACGUAUUUCUUGCAAAGCGGAAACAUCUUUUGACAAUCUUAAGCAUUAUUUUUUGCGCACCACUAUACUUAUCCUUUCUUUUACAAUCUUUAUACACAUCUUGUAUGGCAACAGGUGUCAAAAGCUAAAUGGGUUAACCAAAAGAUUGAGACACCGAUUAUGAUAAAUACGUCAGCCUUUCUCGAGAUGCACAGAGAGAAAAAAAAAUUGUGGUGAAAAAUGUUCCUUUUGUGCUGCAAUGUAUAGCAAUUUUACGCCUUGUGCGAAAUCCGAUUUAUUUUAUCACUAUUUAAAGUUAAAAAUUGUUUUCAUGUUAGCAAGGGAAGGUUGGAAAAUAUACUAUUAAGAUAUGAUUCCUUCAACAUUUCAUUGCACUUUUAUAAAGGAUCCCCACAGUCAUCACACUUGGCGUUUCACAGUGUUUUGAAAUUCUUAAUAUUGACCCGAAUUUGAUGGUGAUUUAUGAAGGGCAGUGACCUGGUGGGCUUAAAUGCAGAAAAAACUGACGGACUUUUCUAGUCUAUCUUGCCUUAACAAGGGCGGAUCCAUGGAAAAAUCUCACUGAGUUCUUGGUAAGGCCAUGGUUUUUUAAAGGUCAUAUUAAGAUAAUUAUUUUCCCUAUUUUUUCCAUUUGGAUUCAACCUUCUUUGACGUUUUCAAAAUUUUUUAUUAUUUUUGCUUGCAGCCCUCAUGCUUGCAGCCAUUUUUGCUUUUUGCUUGCAUAGUUUGCAACCCUCUUUGCAAUAUUUUUAGGUUCUGUACACCCGCAAUUCGGCCGGCUGCUAUUUGCUUGAGUCGGUAGAAGUUGCUUUGUGAAUCUUGAUUUGCUCGCUGUACCAGUGAUAUGAUAUGCCGUUGAUUUUUAUGAUGUAUAUCAUUUGAUGAAUACGCCAAUUUCCACUUUCAGAUAAUAUUUCCCAGUGUUGAAGGCUUUCUUCUACUUCAGAUGUUUUAGUCAAAAGCAUUUUUGCAAAUCUCCUAUCUAUUCAUGUUCUUCUUUUGAAAUAUUUGUAAACGUUUAUUUCAUAUAAAUUUGUCGACGUCAUUUCUGUUUCCAAUAUCUUCAAUAUUA